AUGAUGUUCACUCCCGUCCUGGCACUGGCAUUUGCCGCCCUGACACCAAUCGUCAAUGCCUAUCCCAUCACCGGCAACACCGUCAACUGCCGCUCUGGCCCAGGAACCUCCCACUCCGUAGUGAAGAGCUACAAGAAGGGAGCCGACGUUGCAAUCACCUGCCAGGCUCCUGGCACCAGCGUCAAUGGCAAUGAAAUCUGGGACAAGACCUCCGACGGCUGCUAUAUCUCCGACUACUACAUCCGAACUGGAAGCAGCGACUACGUGACCAAGAAAUGCGGCGGCGGAGGUGACAAUGAUGGUGGCAGCGGUGGCGGUAGCGGUGGAAAGCUACCCGGCCUCUCCUCCACCCAGUCCAAGCAUGCAAAGGACAUCAUCGGAGAGGCAAAGAAAGAGGGUCUGGGCCGUCAGGGCUGUCUUGCUGGAAUCGCAACUGGACUUGUCGAGUCUAAUCUCCUUAUUUACGCCAACAAGAAAGUCCCCGCUUCCCUUAAGUAUCCCCAUGAUGCUGUGGGCUCCGACCACGACAGCGUGGGCAUCUUCCAGCAGCGCGCUAUGUACUACCCUGAUAUCGCUGCUGAUAUGGACGCUGCCAAGUCCGCUGCUCAGUUCUUCAAGGAAAUGAAGCGUGUUAGUGGCUGGAAGUCUAUGGACGUUGGCAAGCUUUGCCAGAAGGUGCAGCGCUCCGCCUAUCCCAGCCGGUAUGCCGACCGUGUUGGUGAUGCUAAGAAGAUUUGUGCUGCUGGUGGCUUGUAA